AUUGCACAGUCCGUCCUUUUCAGCGUUCUCUGUGGGCUGACUACUGUCAUCAAGAGCCACCGGAUCAACUGAAAUCAGCAUGAACAGGUGGCUUUUCCAUGAAGACCGAGGCAUUCAGCAAUUUGGGAUUUUGAGUGAUUUCCCACGAGGAGUGUGUGGUUUGAGUACCAGGACAAAAUGUCACUCUGUCUGGCAGAUGAUUUCCUGCACUCAGGAGCUGUAGAUGUUGCACUGGUGAGUCCUGCCUGCUAAGGAGUGUCUCACAAGCCAUGGCAUGCAAUUGUGCAAUGGAUAAAAUGGGGAAACAGGUAAAACUGGUGGCAAAGGGCUGCUGUGGCUGUUUCAGCCCAUGAUGUACCUCUCACCUUGCCUAAAAGAUGCUGCUGAACGUAGGCUUUGGGGAAGCUGUACAGGGUUACCUUCAGUUCUGGCUAUCUCCCUCCUGCCUGCAGUUUUUGUGUUGCUGUGCAUAAUUGUGCCUGUGGAAUUAGGCCAAAAAUGCCCUGUUGCUUUUUUCUCUCCUGCAUGUUCCAGUACACAUUGCUCAAGAACCAACCUGAUAGAACAGCUGAAAUGAAACCUAGAAACAAAUAGGGAAGUAUAUUAAGUUCAUUAAAAGCUUCUAAGGAAGAAUGCAGUUAUAGUGAAAGCUUCCAGUUUUUCUGAGUUCUUUUGUAUUUCAUUAUUUUACUCUGCAGCCUUUACUAUGGUGUCUAUAUAUAUAUGUAAAAGAGCCCUGUUAAAUAUCUAGUUAAUUAUAAGGGUUCUGCCCUUCUAAAAGAUGCUGUCUUUUCUUUCUUUUCUUUACAGUUGUAGGUUUUCUGCUUUUACCCAGAAUUCCUGACAUUCAUCCUGACUUUCAUCUUCAAUGUCUUUUAAAAUAGCUGUGUCAGCUGCUGCAUUGCUGAUGGGAAACCUUAGAUUCCUCUCUAGAGUUGUUACUGUGCUUGGAGAGGUUUCAUUUGUGCAUUUGCACAAUCAAAGUGCUUGAAAUACCAAAUAUAUUAUCUCGGCAUCACUGGCUACAAGAAUGCUUGUAUUUUCUCAGAGGCAGAGCUCUUCGAAGGGGAUUUUCACCCCAGGAGGGUUAUGCUGCAAGGAGUUUCUUUCUCUGAAGAUGGAGUAAUCAACAAUAUUCUGCAAAUGUCUACUGUACUUCUGGCAAGCCCUGCACACGGGUAAGGAUGGUCUCUGCUCACCAGGAGGGAAGGGACUGAGUGCACAAACCGCACCAGGGCUGCUGCUGGGCCCUGGGAGACAGGAGCCACGUGUGUCCACGCUGCCUUUCAUCGCCAGUGUAUGCUCAGACUCACUGCUGACCUCCUGCCAGACACAGUCUUCAGUUUCAUAAAUAGACUGAAAAAAAAGCUAUCGCUGCCUCUUCCCCAGACUGAGCUCCUGGGGGAGUUUAUUGCUGCUGUUUCUGUUUUCCUCCAUGAUGAAUGUGCAGUGCUGCUGUGGCGAUUUAGCACCAGGUUUCUGCGGACACCACAGAAGGAGCCAUGGUGCAGGAAGGUUUCUUAGGGAAAAACAACCCUAGUUAUUGCUAGGCCCUCGAGAUCAGCCCCAGACCCGAGGCCAAAGUGCACAGGGGAACGGGCUGCACUCUUCUGUCAGGGCAGAGCCCAGGUCGGGGCUCACUGCCAGCGAAUAUUCCUUAGCUGAAAUGGUCAAUCUCCCCCUGCUGGAAGAUAUUACACUGUACUGAAAAAUUCAUCUUGAGUGAGAAUUAAUACUCAAUUUCUUGUCUGCUUCUGAAUUCCUUGGGUGUCUUUGUUCCAUGGUUACUCAGAGACACUGACCUCACUGCCCUUGGGGAGAGUUUGGAGAGUCCCAGGGAGUCAGCACCACUGUCCAUUCCAGAACACAAAACCUGGAAAGCCCCAAGAGCAAAAAUUCCAUUUUAAAGAUUCCAAAAAUUGCCCAAAUAGAUUUCCAUUACAAACUUUCUAAUAAUAUCUGGAUUAAUGACACAAAUUGAAACAAAAGCAUCUAACAACUAUUGCGUUCAUUUGGAUAAACAUUUGUGCUGUGUAGAAACAUACCAUUUAUUUUACCCCUCUUCUUGAUUAUCUUAGAAGUUUCCCAGCUUAAAUAAUUCUUUUAUUCUGGUUUCUUCUUUUUUACUUUAAGUAUAGCUUGUUCUGUGGGAGAAAAGAAUACCCACGUAUUCCAUCUCUUUUUUUUUUUAAGCAGAGCGCCUUCAUAGUGUAACUUUAUCAUAAUUAUCUUCUUAGCCCAUUUUUAAGCAUCUAGACAAAUUCCAAAUAGAUAAUGUUGGGGUUUUUUUCCUAGAAAAUUUUUCAAAUAUGGUGACUUAAGCAGUUCUAAAUAUCUUUGCACAGGUGUUGCUGACUGGAUGAAAUGAAUUUCUGCAACUCAGCCCUUAACCAAUGAAGAGCUGCAGGACGCACUGAAGUGUAAAUACAUGAGUGAAAGCAGGGAGAAUCUGAACCAGUAUCUGUGGUGAGCAGCACUGAUGGACUGACCAUCCAAGCAGCACCUUGGCAAAACCAGAGCAUGUGCUACUGCUGCCACCUGGCCAACCACACAGCUCAGGAAAAUGCUUUCAGCCACUGAAAUUCAGGAGAGGGGUGCAAGAGGCAGCAUUAUCUGGCAAGAGCCCCAGACGUGAGGCUGUCUCUGCUGUCCUGGGGACGAGGGGACGACCUGUUAGAAGCAGACGUGGUUCUGAUUUCCUCAGAAGAAGCACAAAAGGAGAUGUUCUGUUCUUUGAAAAUAACUGGAGCCACUGGCAAGAAGCAGCGACACUGCAUCGAACAAGGGAACCACUUCCAGGUUAUCAAAACAUGCUGUUGAACUGAAUUUUGCAGCUGCAUUUUCCAAUGUACCAUGGGAUGCAUCAAAUCCAAGGCUGCCUUCCAAGGUUCCAACACUGUCCAGGAUGAGAGGAUCGGGGGAGGUGGUGAGGGGUGCACUGGGGAGAAGUCGUCGCUGCUGGCAAUGAAGGCGGAGGAGAAGGGCCCCUCGAGCACCAUCGUGCUGGACUACGCGCACCGGCUGUCGCGCGAGAUCCUGGAGCAGGCGGUCAAGCAGUGGGCAGUGACCGAGAGCAAGUACAGCGACAUCCCCUUCAUCGAGAGCGACGUGCCCUGAGCCCUGCCGGAGCCUGGCCCGUCCGGGAGCGCUCUGUGCGGGCUGCCAGCACCCCCAGCUGUCCUCGGAGCAUCCCUGCGGGGAGGUGUCUGCAGGGAGAGCCUGAGAGAAUUUGCCUUUUAACGCAGGUUGCUAACAAACUAACUGGAUCCCAGUAGAACCUGUUCAUCAAGUGUCAUUCAUUGUCAGCUGUAUGUUGAGUAUAUUCUGUCUUUGUAUGUGUUGGAUGUGACCAGAAGUUAGCAUUAAAAAGAGGAUGAGAAGACUGUGGCUGCCCUGCACCUCUACAAGCACUGCCACAGAGGACAAAACAUGGAUUAUUUCUAUGUUCUGCAUUAAAAAUCAGUGGUCUGUAGGUGAGAUGAACUCUCCAUUCUUGGUGAAUUUGUCUGCAUUUUGCUGAAGUGAAAUCAAGGUCUGCAUGUAGCAAAGGUUACUGCUAUCAUGAAUUUUACUUUUGAUUCUAUGACCUGACUAAAUCUGUAAAACCACAAGAUAAUGAAGGUGAUGAGAGCGCUAUGUAAACCCCAGUAGUAUUCAGGGAGCCAUUUGGAUGAUGAUGCUAUUUACCUUCCAUUGAAAUGAACCAGUGAGAAACAUGCCCGUGUCGAUAAGCAGUGCAUUAUCAUUAACAGAUGCUUCUGUAAAUGCAUGAAAGCUUGUCUCUAAAACCCUGCAGUAAGACAGGUUAAUGACAUCUGGUCGCUGUGUUCAGACCAAAGCUGUUUGGUUUUUUGGUUUUGUUUGGGGUUUUUUUUGUGUUAGGGUGCUGGUUUGGGGAGGAUUUGGUUUUGUUGUUUUACUGUAACCUAGAAAGAUGUGCAAAAACUACUGAUGAUAACUAGUGAAAGGAACAUUUAAAGGUGUGGCAAUGCUUUAGGACAAUUUGUUUCAUGGGAACUGUGGCUGCAUUACACUGAAAUUACUCUCUGAAGUACCACCCUUGGGACAGGAUGUCUUCCUUCCACUUCUGUAGGCUGCUGCUUUCCCAUUUGAAAACCGGUUCGUGGCAAUGGCAGCAGAAGUCACAGGAGCCCCAGCCCUGAGCAGUGCUCUGAAUGCAGAGUUAGGGACUAAGCCUUAGGCCAGAGUUCAAGGGCUGCAUUUCUUCCCCAGUGCAUCCACACGCUGCUCCCUGCUUGCCCAGGACGCGCAGCCUGAGCCACUGCACUCACAGCUGGCAUUCCACAGAUCUGGACACGGAUGGAUUGUUCCUAUUCAUCCCAAAGGUACAAUGUUGCUGACGUUUUAUACAAAGUGAAGGCCUUCUAACAGCUUGGCUUUUACCACCUGUUUGUUCCCGUUUCUGUGAUGCCCAGUUUAAAAGAUACAGGUUUUUUCCUAGAUCAGAAUGCUUUCCAUUUUGUUUUCAUUUUAUAGAGAAAUGCUUUCCAUACUGGCUAAAGCUGUUACUAUUUUUAAAAGGUACACAUAGUUCUAGUAAAUGAUCCAAAGCAUGAUUUUUCAAGCAAUGGGAAGCAAGCAGAAAGAAGACCGUGUCAAAUGCUGGUUUUAGUUCAUUCUCUGAUGUGACAGUCUAUGAAUUGAGCUGUUUUGCAAAUGUUGUGACACAAACUUAGCUAUUUGAAAUUCACCUAUACGGGGAUGUGGUUUUAUGAGGAAUAAAGGGUGAAAAAUCCUUCUCUGUGACACAGCACAAGGCUGCCAUUAAAUCCAAGUAAUCAGACUGGAUUCCCUGUGACCUGCUAUUAAGACUGUUCUCAGGCCUUUGCUGGAAAAGGGAACAAAAUCAGCUUAUGCUGUAAUGUCAUCGUCUUUGAAGUUACGCAGUCAUCUUCAAAGCCCUGUGCAAAGUGGGACUAAGGUUUAUGGUUCACUUAAAUUCUCCUGCUAACAGUGACGUUCCUUCAAGUUUUACAGCAUAUAAAACAUUAGGUCAUACUCUGUUUGCUCUAAAAUACCUCCAUAAAUUAGUGUGAGUUAGAAAGCAAAGGAAGCCAAAACACUGAUCAAGUCAGUACAUAUCAGCUGGAUAUUGCUUAACCACAGUAUUAAAAAAAAAUCCUAUUCUUACUCUAGAUAAAAUAAAGCUUUAUUACAAAAAAGAAAAAAGGGCCAACCUUUCUAACAUGAGUGUGGGCUCGAGAAUGUUAACACUUGUAACUACAGAAAUUAAAAAAAAAGCCAAAGCUCCACAGCCAUUGUUGGCCAGACAGGUGAGGAGCAGGUAGAAAACUGCACUCACUGUCAGAGCACCUCGAGGUGGAUCUGCCCCACCCUUUUACAAGGCACCCUGGCGGUUGCCACAGGCAGUGGGGUGUUGCAGUGCUUCCUGUUGCCAUGUCUCAAAUCCUUCCUCUGGAUGUAGCCUUAGCAUCUGACACUCUUCAGGAAUAUCAGAUACACUUCUGAAAGCAGCUCCCCCUUGGCACGCUGCCACCGCCCGGUCCAACAGCGGGCAGAGUUAUCCAACAGGCAGAGGUUCCACCACAGCAUCCACUGUGAUCAGCACUCGGAAUUUCCCCAGAGGAGGUGACCCAGGCACACUGACCGUGCCCAGGACUGCUCCCCUGGGGAGGAGCUGCUGUGUGGGGUGCCUGCCCUGCCUGCCCCGAGAGCUGCCCAUGGGGUGACCCAGCACCAGCUGCUUGGUGGCCCAACCGGUCCCCUCACCUGCAGCCACCAACCUUGGCCCUCACUGGUGCCUGAAGAUUCCAGCAGCUUCAGCAUGGCCCCAAGUGCAAUUCCAGCUGCUUUACGAUGCUUUCCGUGACACUGGCACUUCAGGGACGGCACACAGCAAAUGGAAAGCAAACAAGCUUGCAAACAACAGGGAGACGGCUUCUCACCAGGAAAAUCAUCUCUUUUACAGGAAGCUGUCCUUAUAAAUAAUGCACUUACCCUUAAUAGAAAAUAAAUCUGUUCAGUGCUACAGUCUGGUAAGAGAUUGAGGGAGAUCUCUCUCCAGAGCUCUGCUGUACAUUUAAUAGGCACAAUUCUAAUAUAUUGUAAAAAUAAAGACUUCUUCACCUAAAUAAAUUUAUGCUAAGCUGUGCUAGAGUUUCACAGAGCCACUGACAGUGGGUUUCCAGCUAAGUUGCCAUUGAUUCUUUGACUUGAUUUUGUGUAAUAAAGGCACUCCAGUUUGGGACUGGCAUACUCUGCAAAACUGUUUACUUCUAUUUAGGAGUUAAAAAUACAUUUGCUUUAUAUUUUCUCCAGGAAACAAGAUAAAUCUGAGUGCAUAUGAUGUGACUGACUUGAUAUUCUAAUAAUGGUUCAAAAUACAUUAACUGCAGCACAACUUUGUAAAGGUGAUGUUUCUGGAGUAAGGCACAUCAGUAUUCCCAAAUAAGACACACUACAAUAUAUUUUUACAAUAUUUUUUGUGGAAAAUAUUUUCUUGUGGACCAAAUAAAAUUCAGCUUACCA